UCUAUAUGUCUUUUAUUCAUAUUAGCAAGUCGCGUCGUGCCGAAAUUUCAGCAGGAGCUUGAGAAGUAUCUUGCCUGGGACGAGUACACAUAUUUGUAUGACAUUCAGACAAACAUGCUUGACGAGUUCAUCCAGUGUCUGAAACAAGAAGGAGAAGUAGAGGUGAUUCAUGGACAGGAAAUCAGAUGCGGGACAGAAUCAGAUGAAGAGGAAAUAGAGGACGUGAAGAAUAAGGGGAAGGAGACAGAGCAAGAGGUGAAAGCCGAGGAGAAGUUGGAUACAGAGGAGGAGAAGGUGGAGAAAUUGGAAGAGGAGCUGACAGAAGAGCAGAUGAAGGUAGAGGAGGAGGAAGAGAAGCAGACAGAGGAGAAGGUGGAGCCCGAGGAGGAAGAGCUAAAGGAGGAGCUGAAGACUGCAUCAGAGAUGGAUGCGGAGGAAGGGCUGAAAACAGAGCCGUCGGAGGAGGAACUAAAGGAAGAUAAGGAGGUGGAGACAGGGAAGGUAAAUCUGAGAGCUGAGGAGGAGAAGGAGCCGAAGGCUGCAGUGAUGAAUGCAGAGGAAUGGCUGGAAACAGAGCCGGUGGAGGAGGAGCUAAUGGAAGAUGAGGAGGUGGAUACAGAGAAGGUAGAGUUGAAGGCCAAGGAGGAGGAGGAGCCGAAGGCUGCAGAGAUGAAUGCAGAGGAAGGGCUAGAAGCAGAGCAGUUAGAGGAGGAGCUAGAGGAAGAUAAGGAGGUGGAGACAGGGAAGGUAGAGAUGAAGGCUGAUGAGGAGGAAGAGGAGCUAAAGGCUGCAAUGAUGAAUGCAGAGCCGGUGGAGAAGAUGGGAAUGGAUAAGGGGCAAAUGGAAGAUAAGGAGGUGGACACAGAUGAAGACAAGGUGAGGACACUUGAGCCUGAGGCAGAUGAGGAAAAGGAGGAGACAGAAGAGGAGCUUAAGGCAGUAAGGGAGCCAAUGCUGGGAGAGGAGGAGCAUCAGAUAUUGGAGGAGAAGGUGGAGGCUGAGGAGCUGACAACACAGGAGAUGAAGGCGGAUGAGAUUGAGAAGGAACCACAGGAGAUAGAGAAAGAUGAGAAGGUCCGAGCAGACGAGGAGGAACUUAAGGAGGAGAUGAAGACCGAGAAUGAGGGAGAGAUUUUUGUCGAUAGGAAGCUGAAGGAAGAAAUAACGGACGACAAGGAGAGGAUGAUGACAGGAAAGGAUGCAUUGGUAAUCAUCUCCUUGAACAAUGCCACAAAGGAGAAGAAAGGGGUGGACAAUGAACAGAAGCUUCCAAGAGUGCUUGAGGAAUCAACAGAGUUUGCCGAGUCCUUUUGGAAUGAGAUGUGGAUGGAGAAAGUGAAGUUGGAAGAGGAGGAGGGGCAGACGAAGAUAAAAAAGAUGGAGGACACAAAUGAAAUGGAACAGGAUGUUCCAGAGUUGCAAGACUUUAAAGAGGAGGUAAAGAUGAGCGGAAAAGAUGACGAUAUCAAGAAGGAAAGUAAUGGGGAUAUCACUGACCAGAUAGUCGAUAAUGGAAGGAGACUGAAGUGGUGGAAGACACUUUGCUGUUUUGGUUGGCGAAGGCGUAGGAGGCGCUCUUGA